AAAAGAUGCAUGUGAAUCCAGUAAGCGAGCAGUAAGCGACACAACAAUAUAUCACGUGACAUAUGACGGUUCACCGAUUGAUUAUUUGUUGUGUAACAUGAUGAAAUUCUAUGGCGGAGACUCUUCCCUGAUCAAUGAGUACAGAGUCUGUGUAUCUCUACUCCAGUAUGACGAUCCUGACUGUGCUAUAUGGUUUGGAUACAUUACGACACCAGCAGAAACAAGAGUUUGUUUUCAACUGCACUGUGCGUCCUCCUACCACUUGGUGCCUCGAGGGAACGGAAAUGAUGAGGAUACAAAUAAAAGCCCAAACCAAUGUGACCUCCACGGAGAACGUCAAAUUCCGGAUGACCGUUUUUGGAAAAUUAGUGACUAACUACGUACUCAUCCUCUCUGGAUCAACUGGAGGCAGUGUAGGCGGACUGAUUCUUAUAUACACCGCCGUUAAACUGUUUCUAUACAUAAGAAAGAAUACAAGAUACUAGAUGAUUUUCAUUUCGUCUUCAUUUGAAUGAUU